CAACUGGUUUGAUUGAAUGUCCAUCAAUCACAGUCUUGUUUAAAAUUUCAGUACACGCUUGGUUAGAUCCAACACUGAAUCUUUCUAUUGGGAUCCGUUUCUUUUGUUAUUUAACAGUGAAUUCAUGAAAUGUUUCAACAAAAUGUUUGAUCUCGAGUGAGAAUAGUAAGGUGUGAAUGAUUUCUUCAAGUGAAAUACUUAUUGUUGACUUGUUCCUGUUUAUUUCUUAAAUUAUAAAUGAUAUAACCAUAGAAACAAGAUUCGUUACUUAAAAAAAAAAGAGUUCCAACACAUUUCUAUUACUUUGUUAUUGUUUCGUUUCUAUGGAUAAGGAAACACAACGAAAUAUACAUGUUGUGCUGCUGGUAGUUCUAUUAGUCAUACAAAGAAGUCAGUGCAGGUCCGGAGGAGCGCCACCUACAUCUUGUCAGACUCUGUUGCCUUCCCAUGGACAGAACACCCCCAGGACAACCACUAGUCCCUAUGCUGUGUUGGUGUCGCAGAAUUUAUACAAACCAGGGGAAACUAUACAAGUGAUGCUAAGAGGACUUUGUCAGACGAUACUUAAAGGAUUCUUAGUUCAAGCUCGAAGGAUUGACCCACGUGACCCUAGAAGUAAACAAGAUCCCAUUGGAAAGUUUACUUUGGUUCCUGGUGCUCGCUACGAGUGUGGAAAUAAUGAGAGUACGCUGACACACAGUUCACCUUACAAUGGGACCUCCAUUCGUUUCAACUGGACGGCGCCGGACACACCACAAGGGCAUCUACAAAUAUUUGCGACCAUUGUCCUCAAGUUUGAUACAUUCUGGAGCAAACUCACUUCCGUGGUCAUCCAGGACUCUACGGCCCAGCCUCUGUCAAGCAGCCCAAAUGACCUUCGGACACCAUUCAUCCAGCCCUGUGAGUCUGACCGCCCAACAUCCCCUGCCCCUGUAACCACAACGCUGGCUACCACGUCGCUAUUUGUCGUAGCGGAUGCGAACAGCACACACAACCAAACUGAGCAGACAACUGCUCUGUCACUGACCACAGUCGCGGAAUCUUCCACCAUGCAGCAGUGGACGACAAUGACGUCAUUUGUGACAGCCACACAGAUCAAGCUGACCAAUAAAACAGCAGCUCUGCAGCCACCGGACUGGUCAAAAUCGACUGCUUCAGAAGGUACGUUAGAAGAAGCCAAGUGUGGUCAAGACAGAGGUUGUUUCAUUGGCUGCAACAGCAAGUCAUGUGAUUUCAUCGUCAUGUGGUCCAACCUCGGGGACUACUUUUGGUUCUACAUCAAGGCGCGGCGUCUUCCGGGUGCAAAUGGUCAAUACAUCGCUCUGGCCUUCUCGUCUGACCAAACCAUGGGUUCGGACAGUGUAGUGGACUGUAUACAGGACGGCGACCAGCUAUCCGUCCACGUGUCCUACAACACACGAUAUGGAAACACAGUGAUGACACAUUUGAAUAAAGUUAUGUUAAAUCAGGCAAGUGUGAAAAAUCCUGGCGAUGAUCUCCUGUAUUGCCAAUUUGCACGUAAGAAAAUUGUGGAGGAAAACAAAGCCCACGAUUUAUCCACAGAUGUGUAUCUCAUGUUAGCUCAGGGGUCUUUGCUCGCUGGCGUGAAACAAGAACACAGCCGAGUGCCAGUAGUCUCUGGUCGACGACUUGAUCUCAGGACAUACGACGUGUCACGCCAGCUCCAGACUCCAAGUAUUCUCAUCAAGGCACACGCUUGUUUGAUGCUGUUUGCCUGGUUGUUCUGUGCCAGCAUCGGCACAGUCAUGGCCAGGUUUUAUAAACCACUGUGGCCAAAAACAAAAAUCUGCGGACGUAAAGUGUGGUAUACAGUCCAUAGACUGUGCAUGCUGAUUGCUGGUAUAUUGACUAUCAUUGCCUUUGUGCUCAUCUUUUAUGAAGUUCAAGGACUAAGUGAAAUCAGCAUUCUACGUCUGAAGAAGCUGCACCCGGUGGUUGGGAUAGCCACAACAUGUUUGGUCAUUCUGCAGGUACUGAUGGGCCUGUUCCGACCCAGUUCCACUUCGGUGAACAGACCUGUGUUCAACUAUGGCCACUGGCUACUCGGAAUUGUGACACACGUGGCGACAGUGUUCAAUAUUGUGAUUGGUUGCGGUCUUCAGAAGGCAGCCGUCCACUUCACGAUUGUCUACCUUGUGUAUGCCUUCGCCAUCUAUCAAAUAGUGGUCAUCGUCGUCCUGGAGAUCAUCUUCUGUAACAUCAGAGUCAAUGUAAAGAAACAACAGUCGUAUUCUAUUUAUGAGAUGAGAAACACAAUCUACUCCAGCACCAAAGAUCUGCUGGAAGAUGUCAACUCAGAGCCGCCUAGAUCUUCUUUGCUGAAGUUUAUACUUGGCACUCAUAUCCUGUUAAUAGCGUCCAUCACUACCACUGUCAUCGCCAUGAUUGUCUUGAUGCCGAGCAAUGCAGUCUAAGAGAUGAGAUCUUUUUUUUUUUCUUCUUUUUUUUUUAAAUAAUCUAUGAGAUUUAUUUUGUCAAAUAAUCCAUUUUUAAUGUAUAUGUGUGUGUGUGUAUUCAUAUUACAUAUAUAAUUUAUGCACAGUUCCCAGUCCAUGUCCAAACCUCAUUAAAGGCUUUAUGUAGACCUCAUUAAGGACUUUAUGCAGACCUAAUUAAGGACUUUAUGCAGACCUCAUUAAGGACUUUAUGCAGACCUAAUUACAGACUUGUCCAGGUAGUUCGUAACUUUAUAAAAUUUGAGUUAAACAUCGUGAAUAAAAUCUUCUUGGGACUAUGUUCGUAACUCCAAUCGGGGGGGCUUGGCCUCUUUAGGGGCUUCUGCAUUUGGACAUUCGACAUCAUGACAUAUCAAGACACAGUAUCGUGUUUCAUGCAGAGCGUGUCUCAAGACUUGACUUAACUGCAGAAUUAGUUUCAAUUUAAAUCACGCACUUGAAUGUUUGUUGCACUGCUAUAUUCUAUAACAGUCUAGAUUUUACAUGAAUAUUGUCUUACUAUAAUGUUCUCUUUUUUUCUUUCAUAUUAAUUACGGAGAAUUAAAUUUAAUAAUAAUUGAACAUAAACAUGACUUUAUGAAAUUUAAAUAAACAAAUUAUAAUAUAAAUAAUAUGUACUUUCUAGAAAUCGGUGUAUUAGAUUUAGCAUUAUUUUGUAAAAUAGCUUAUUGAAAAGUUUCUGAAAUACCCUUUAAAUUUAGAUUUAAAAAAAACAACAGCAAAAAAAAACAAAAAAAAAAACAACAACUAUCAAAUCCUUGGAUACCACAUGUCAAAUCCAUGUGACAUACAGCCUGAUACAGGCGUUUAGAAUGUAAAGAUAAUCCACAUGGUAAAGUCAUUGAUUACUUCAUUUUACAUUUAUUUAUUUUUAUUUAAAUUUAUUAGUUAUUAUGUAACAAUAUUAUUUUUUCUAAUGGAACAAAAGAGCAUAUCAAAUAAACACUUUUUUUUAACUGUAAAA